ACCGAGGGACCACUGUAUAUAUAUAUACCCCCUGUAUAAUUUUUUUCUUUCUUUUUUUUUCUUCCUAAUCAUAAAAUUCAUGAGAAACUUUCACACCAAUGAGUGUGAGUGUUGACUCUGAUGAUGUGUACAGGGUGCACUAGCAGAGAACAUAAUGCAGCAGGGGGCAGAAGUCGGGUGGUGGGUGGUGCUGCAAAACUGCCAUUUGGCCGAGUCAUGGAUGAUGCGCCUCGAGAUACUCUGUAGCCAGAUCCUUCAGUCUGACUCAACGCACCCCAACUUCCGUCUGUGGUUAACCAGCUACCCAUCUCCUGCCUUCCCUGUAUCACUGUUGCAAGAUGGCAUCAAGAUGACUAAUGAGCCCCCGCGUGGUCUUCGAGCCAACUUGCUGAAGUCUUACCACAAUGACCCUAUCAACGACCCAGAAUUCUUCAAUUCCUGCCAUAAUCAACGACCCUUCCAACGACUUCUCUAUGGCCUGUGUUUCUUCCAUGCACUCAUCCAGGAACGCAGGAACUUUGGUCCCCUUGGCUGGAAUGUUCCAUAUGAAUUCAAUGAGUCGGACAUUCGUAUUAGCGCGAAGCAACUCCAGGUAAAAUUAUUUAUAGCUUAAUAAGCAGAGAUUAGACAACAACCUGAGCAGUAUGAGUCUUAAGCACAAGGAAAGUGUUAGUUAAUCUUAAAAAAAUUUCAUACAACAAAUCUGGUCUUGAAUAAGCUUACACUCAGUGUUGUUAG